CCAGUCUUUGCAUUUAUAUUGCCUUUAGACAGGAUAUCUUUAAUACGAAAUCUCCCUUUUAACGCUCCAGACGGAGUAGCACAGUUUAGUAAUACUCCGAGACAUGUUUACCUGAAACAAUAUUAGCUAGUCCAAGAUUAGUGGUAAUAGAGGUCUGUGAAACCACUGCUUGUGAUUGAGCAAAGAGCCAUAAGACGGUUUUCCAGCAAAAGUAUAGUCCCAUUGCAUUCAUACGGUCAGCUAAAGUCUCAAGUUCGGUAUUUUCCUGUAAAAUACCUUACUGUCUUACAUUUCAAGGUCAAAAUAAAAAAAAGGCUUCGACGGUUGUAAUAACUUGAAAAAUACGACAUUUCCAAAGUUUACAUCACGUUUAGGGAUAGCGCCCCUUGACAUACACACACCACAGUACUGCAGACGUCAUCGGUCUUGGUGCAGCUUUGUGCGCAUGACGUUGCGCUUCUCUGUGUAGUUGGGUAUUUCGUCACGGGUUGGUGUGGGAGUUGGGAGCUCUCUCGAGCUGUGUGUGUUACUGUUUAAUUUUCUGGUUCGGUUCGAUUUCCGUUUACUUUCAAAGCCAGCGCGCCGCCGGGACGACACGCGUUGAGUACUGGAGAAAAACAGAGAAAUAAAACUCGCCGGGGCCGGACUUUCCUGCGGUUUUUUCUUUCCCCACCUCCUUGUAAAUCCGCCGGUGCUCUGAGGAGAAAUGAGCGUGGAGGCGUACGGGCCGAGCUCACAGACUCUAACCUUCCUGGACACGGAGGAAGCCGAGCUGCUGGGAGCCGAUACCCAGGGCUCGGAGUUCGAGUUUACCGACUUCACGCUGCCCAGCCAGACCCAAACGCAAGGACAGACCCAGAGUCAGCUGGACAACCAGGUGAAUGGCCCUGAUGGAGUUUUGCAGAAUGGAGCUGUGGAUGAUGCUGUAGCAAAAACCAGCCAGCUGCUUGCUGAACUGAACUUUGAGGAAGAUGAAGAGGACACCUAUUACACCAAGGACCUCCCAGCCCACGCCUGCAGCUACUGUGGAAUUCAUGAUCCAGCAUGUGUGGUCUACUGCAACACCAGUAAGAAAUGGUUCUGUAAUGGACGUGGGAAUACCUCUGGCAGCCACAUUGUGAACCACCUUGUCAGGGCGAAAUGUAAAGAAGUGACUCUCCAUAAGGAUGGUCCUCUUGGGGAGACGGUCUUGGAGUGCUACAACUGCGGCUGUCGCAAUGUCUUCCUGCUGGGCUUCAUCCCUGCCAAGGCUGAUUCGGUGGUUGUGCUUUUAUGCAGGCAGCCCUGUGCCAGUCAGAGCAGCCUGAAGGAUAUUAACUGGGACAGCUCUCAGUGGCAGCCUCUUAUCCAGGACCGCUGUUUCUUGUCCUGGCUGGUGAAGAUUCCUUCUGAGCAGGAACAGCUGAGAGCCAGGCAGAUCACCGCUCAGCAAAUCAACAAACUGGAGGAGCUCUGGAAGGAAAACCCUACAGCCACUUUAGAGGACCUGGAGAAACCUGGUGUUGAUGAAGAGCCUCAGCAUGUCCUGCUGCGCUAUGAGGAUGCAUAUCAAUACCAGAACAUUUUCGGCCCUCUUGUCAAGCUGGAAGCAGACUAUGACAAGAAACUGAAAGAGUCCCAGACCCAAGAUAAUAUUACAGUCAGGUGGGACUUGGGCCUGAAUAAAAAGCGGAUUGCAUAUUUCACCCUUCCCAAGACUGAUUCAGACAUGCGUCUGAUGCAAGGCGAUGAGAUUUGUCUGAGAUACAAAGGCGACCUGGCUCCCCUCUGGAAAGGGAUUGGACAUGUCAUCAAAGUCCCAGACAAUUAUGGAGAUGAAAUUGCAAUUGAGCUGAGAAGCAGUGUUGGUGCUCCUGUUGAAGUUCCGCAUAACUUCCAGGUUGACUUUGUUUGGAAAUCAACCUCCUUUGACAGGAUGCAGAGUGCCCUGAAAACCUUUGCUGUGGAUGAGACAUCGGUAUCUGGCUACAUUUACCACAAACUGCUGGGGCAUGAAGUGGAGGAUGUCAUCAUCAAGUGUCAGCUGCCAAAACGCUUCACUGCACAGGGGCUGCCUGACCUGAACCACUCGCAGGUUUAUGCCGUAAAGACGGUACUGCAGCGACCACUCAGCCUCAUCCAAGGGCCCCCAGGAACAGGAAAAACUGUAACCUCUGCUACCAUUGUGUACCAUCUCGCCAGACAGGGGAAUGGACCUGUGUUGGUGUGUGCACCAAGUAACAUAGCUGUGGAUCAGCUGACGGAGAAGAUUCACCAGACUGGACUUAAAGUUGUGAGGCUUUGUGCCAAAAGCCGAGAAGCUAUUGAUUCUCCAGUAUCCUUUUUAGCUUUGCAUAAUCAGAUCCGCAACAUGGAUAGUAUGCCAGAGCUUCAGAAACUACAACAGCUAAAGGAUGAAACUGGAGAGCUGUCAUCUGCUGAUGAGAAGCGCUAUAGAGCUCUGAAGCGCACAGCUGAAAGGGAAUUGCUGAUGAAUGCAGAUGUGAUCUGCUGCACUUGUGUCGGUGCCGGAGACCCACGUUUGGCCAAAAUGCAGUUCCGCUCCAUCCUGAUUGAUGAGAGUACCCAAGCCACUGAGCCUGAGUGUAUGGUGCCUGUAGUGUUGGGUGCGAAACAGCUGAUACUUGUUGGUGACCACUGCCAGCUGGGCCCUGUUGUGAUGUGCAAGAAAGCAGCCAAGGCGGGCCUGUCUCAAUCCUUGUUUGAGCGCCUGGUAGUUCUGGGAAUCCGUCCUAUUCGCCUGCAAGUGCAGUACCGCAUGCACCCUGCCCUCAGCGCCUUCCCAUCCAACAUCUUCUAUGAGGGCUCUCUUCAGAAUGGAGUCACAGCAGCUGACCGUAUUAAGAAGGGCUUUGAUUUCCAGUGGCCACAGCCGGACAAGCCCAUGUUCUUCUAUGUGACUCAAGGACAGGAAGAAAUUGCAAGUUCAGGAACCUCUUAUUUGAACAGAACUGAAGCUGCCAAUGUGGAGAAGAUCACCACAAAGCUAUUGAAAGCAGGAGCCAAACCUGACCAGAUAGGCAUUAUUACACCUUAUGAGGGACAGCGCUCCUACCUGGUGCAGUACAUGCAGUUCAGCGGCUCUCUGCACACAAAACUUUAUCAGGAGGUUGAGAUUGCCAGUGUGGAUGCUUUCCAAGGACGUGAAAAAGACUUCAUCAUUCUGUCUUGUGUCAGAGCCAAUGAACAUCAGGGAAUUGGGUUUUUGAAUGAUCCUCGACGUCUCAAUGUUGCUCUUACAAGGGCCAGGUAUGGCGUGAUUAUUGUAGGAAACCCCAAGGCUUUGUCUAAGCAGCCCCUCUGGAAUCACCUUCUCAACUACUAUAAGGAGCAGAAGGUUUUGGUGGAGGGACCAUUGAACAACCUGCGAGAGAGCCUUAUGCAGUUCAGCAAGCCUCGCAAGCUUGUCAACACCAUCAAUCCUGUGAGUAAUCAUAUGGGGGCGCGCUUCAUGAGCACUGCAAUGUAUGACGCCCGUGAAGCCCUCAUCCCCGGAUCAGUGUAUGAUAGAAGUAACACAGGGCGUCCGUCAAACAUGUACUUUCAAACACAUGAUCAGAUUGGAAUGAUUGGUGCUGGGCCCAGCCAUGUUGCUGCCAUGAACAUUCCCAUCCCCUUCAACCUGGUGAUGCCACCGAUGCCUCCCCCUGGGUAUUUAGGGCAGGCUAAUGGCCCGGCAGUAGGUAGAGGAGCCCCAAAAGGUAAACCAGGCCGUGGAGGACGCCAGAGGAAUCGUGGGAUGGGCAAUCAGGGAAACAACCAAUCUAAUCUGCCCAACAGCCAGGCCAGUCAAGAUGUGGUCUCCCAGCCCUUUUCACAGGGCCCCCUAACUCAGGGCUACAUCUCCAUGAGCCAGCCUUCUCAAAUGAGCCAGCCAGGGCUUUCCCAACCUGAAUUGUCCCAGGACAGUUAUUUGGGUGAUGAAUUCAAAUCCCAGAUUGAUAUGGCUCUGUCGCAGGACUCGACUUACCAGGGUGAACGUGCAUACCAACAUGGUGGAGUGACUGGACUGUCACAGUACUAGAGUGUUGUGGGAAGAGGAGCUAGGCUUUGGAUGAGCUUAGUUCGUCAGCAUUUUAAUCUGGGUAAUAAAAAAAACAAAAAACGGAUACCUGUUUUCCACUGCUACAACUGAAGCACCACUGUGUGAAAGCAACAGGAGAGAGAAAACAACCAAUCACGAGAGAAAGGAGAGACGGAGACAGACGGACAGAGGGAGAGAGAGACCACUGCUAGCACACUGAGACAGACGGAAAGGAGAAGAUGUGAUGUAUGUGGUAGCGCUGUUGCGGAAGACGAGGCCCCGGUCUCACAUCGCAAACUACGUUCCUCCCUGCGCAAGAAGCCCCCAAUCCCUCCCCCCCUCCCUCCCCCCAGGAAUGGCAGGUUGACUGAGGGCCUUGCUCUUCUGGCAGAGAGAAAGCAAGGAGAAGGCCUCAAGCAACUUCGAAGCUCAUUCCGUUGUCUCCAUUACUCCAUGGAGAGGGGGUUAUCACUUAAAGCAGUCAAAAGAAAAUUUUUACCUCAGAGUUGAUCUGUUCAAACUCAACAUAGCUCUUAGUUUGGUGACUUUCGUGCCGACUGAGAUGGUAGCAACACUUAAGCGGACAAAACAUCUCAUUACAACAAACAACCAAAGCAGUAAAGGAAAAAAUCCUCUGGUUCAACUUUGAGUUGCAAAGUUUUCUGUUUUAAGUCUGAUAAGAAGUUGUGAAUUGAAAUGCCUUUGAAUCCAUUAGAAUUUCACUGGCUUUCUAAACAGGUCUUUCAUGAGGUGGCUUUCUAAAGGUUGAGGAGAAUUGCACUGGGUUCAUUGAGAAGUUUGUCUCCUUAAGAUCUGAGUGGUGGACCUGAAAGAUCUGUAGUCGUGAGACAAUAUUCUGAAGUUACUUUCUUCUUGUAGAAAAACCAGCAUUGGAGAGUACUAACUUGGUGUCAUUUGAAGUUGCAGCAAUGGCUUAUUGAUCUUCUUUAAUGAAGGAAAGCAGUGAAUGACAGUGAAAUGUGGCCCGUGUGCUACGAAAGGAGGAGGGUUUUCAAUGUUUUAAAUGCUCUGUAUGCUUAAAUCGGCUAUUGUCCGACACUUGGAGAAGAGGUGUACUGAAACCAGUUGCCUUCGGCUGUAAGAGUUGCCGACUUCAAGCAACUCCUUAGAAACAGACAUAAGGAAUAGAGAGGAAUGCUGUAUAUGCUGGAGUCAUACAGCUUUAAGUUAAAACAGAUAUAUGGAUAACAAAUGGGAAAGACAAAAGAGUAAAAAGGAAGGUGGCUGAAUGGAUUUAAAGUUCAGCAAGGCUAUUUUUAUUUUUUAACAAACAUGAUGCUUUAGAUUUGUGCACAUCUUUCAUCAUGUUAGAACUUUUUAGAGGAGGUAAGGUUGAAAACAAUUAACCAAUGUCAUGAAGAAUCCUAAGAAAAGUCUCUUAAUACUGCAAGAGCACUUGAUCUCAAGAGCUCAGAAAGCAUACAAGAAGUGCCAUCAGCCAUUUGACCCAUUCGUAAUUACAUAUGCGCUAUAGUGUUGUUUUCUUUAAUUGAGUCAGGUUUUAUUGAAAUUACAGAUGGUUCCUUAGAAGUUGCUUUAACCUCCUGUAUGUUUUUUUUGGCUUUGGAACUAAUUUAUGUUAACAGAUCUCCAUGGUAUUGUCUCAUACCCAUGGAUAUGAAAUUUGAACCUACCUGUUGACUUCUUUUCUGGCAAGGUUGAAAUGUCUUGCUAAAACCUGUGGACUACAUUAUUAGAAAUCAACAUAGUAUCAUGAAGAGAACAAAAGCUCAAACUGUUUUAAUUAAAUCUCUAUAUCAGUCUGUAUGUUAUCAGUUCAAUUGUAGUUAUACAAUUUACCCUUUUAGAAUAAGACAAAUUUCCCACCGAGGAAGGGAGGAACAAUCAAUCAGUGCCUAUAACUGUACUUGGACUGUUACUUUCAGGAUAAUUUGAAAGUGAGUGUGGUAGAAAAACUAAAGUACCACAGCCUCUCGCCAAUGAAGUGUCCACAUUUUUGAAUGUAGGUUAAAUGUAACUGCACCAGCUGAUUCAACUGUGGUAUAAACUCCAGCUGAACAUGCAGCCUGUUUUUUAAACUAAGCAAUACCAGAUUAAACAGAAAAGUUGCCAUUUGAUUUCUUUUUUGCUUCACUGGUUAUCAAUCUUUGAAGGACAGACAGAUAUGGGCCACCUUCCUUCUGUCAGAGGAGUUGCCAUGAUAUAAAACACGGACUGGCCGAAGGGCUUUUCUUUCAGUUUUUUAAUUUUGUUUUUGGCUUUUUGGUAGUUUGUAGGCUGCAGUUUGCCUCUUUUGUAGAUGUCUCCAGUAGAUUUCUGUGGCUUACACCCUUGUGAACUGUGAUCAAGUAAUGUAACCCCCCUCGCCUUUUCACUGGUUGGAAUGAUUGCUUCUUGUUUGUGCUUUUAUUUUUCUUUGUAGCAGCAAGUGAUCCAUAUUUUAUCUUCCAUGGAAAUCGAUGCAUUCCUUGCAUUCGAUUAAAGUGGGAAACAUUUUUCCCUUAUUUUUGUCUACGUUGUUUUAAAGCUGUCUUUAAUAAACGAUCAUAAGUAGCUUUUGUAGUAUGGGAUAAUUAUUCCUGACUAUCUGAAGAAUGGUUUCCAUUGUUUACUUUGUUGACUAUCCCAAGUUUUAUGGUACUUGUUUUGGCAGUAUACAAGAGUACAGCCACAGCAUCUGCCAAACAAGUCUUGCGUCCAUGAAAUUAACAGCUUUAAUGUAGUAUAGACGCACUCAGUUGACAGUUGCUAGUGGAUCUUGUUAAUUCAUUACCCACUGAAUUUUAUCUUUCUAGGAAUGGAGCGGAGCGCUCUGGUUUAGUUAUGUUCAGAGAUGACAAUCAUAAUGUCUGCUUCAUAAUAUAAGCCUGUUCUGUAAGAGUCCUAUAAAUAGGAAAGUAGAAAUGCCACAGCAUGUUAAUUUUAGAACUGUACAAUGUUCAGUAGUACUGCAGGUUUUUUUUUUUUUACCCCUGCCCAGCCUAUAGUGUGAUCUGUGAGGCAGGACCCCUUGUAGACAAAAAAUAAUAUCCAAUAACUAAAAUUGUCUAAAAAAAAAAAACAAUUUUCAAGUCUAAAACAGUAAAUCCAUGCCUUUACUGCUCUUGUCACUCAUUUCAAAUAAGAAAUUAUAGUGAUUGGUAGCACUUCAUUAUGCUUUGCACCUUUAUUUUACCAUGAAGGCACAGGUGGUGGGAUUAGGUGGAACAAGUGCUAAAUAGGCCUUAAUGUUUUCUUUUCUUGGGACCAGAGAAGGAAAUUCUGCUUUGAUCUCAUGAAAUAGUUAUUUACGUUUAUUUCCAAAGAUACCUAGUGUGACGUUGGGAAUCCAUCACCAGGAUAAAUGGCACUCUGAUAAUGAAAGGUGUUGGGAGUCUUGUGGUUCAAGUCUGGCGUUAUGAGGGACUGACAGUAAUGUGGCAGGGAAUGACAUUGCUUACCUGCUCAAUCUAUACACAUGGCUCCAACUGUGUGUGUCAUCAAACUACAGAAAAGCAGCCUCAUUUGAGAAGAGCAGAGUAGCACAGUAGUUGAUGUUUGGAAUGGCGACAUGAGAUAUUCGGCUUUUUAUGUUUUGUUCUUUCUUUGGCAGUGACCAAUUUGUUGAAAUCGUGUAAUGUGUUUUUUUGGUGGGGCAGGGAGGUGAACUGAAUGCAGCAGAAAUGGGGAACUUUUGUGCUUUCAUUGCUGUGGGAAUUGUUUGCCUUCACUGUUUUUUUUUUUCUCUUGAUCAGAAAGAAAAUCCACCUGUAACACCUUGAUCUCAUUUCUGUAAAUUGAUUGAAACUUCAAAAAAUAAAAAAGGUUGCUUCUUUCUUUUGUUCAGAAGA